AUGGAGAGGACGAGGUUGAGAAAGUUGAGGAGGGUGAGGACGGCGGAGUGGAUUGGUGGGUUGGGGGAGGGGCAUGCGGAGGGUGAGAAGAAGGAGGGUGGGAGAGGGGGGGAUGGGGAGGGGGAGGAGGGUGGUGGGGAAGAGAAUGUGGAUGUGGGGGAUGGGGAAGAGAUGGCGAUACAGGGGGAAGCGGAGAUGCGGAAGGGCAUCAACGGAACGGAGACAGACUCUGAGACAGAUUCUGAAACAACAGUGAAGGAGAAGGUCUGGAAGGGGAAGGAGAGGGCGGUAGAGCAGGACACGGAAGACUCAUGUUCUAGUUGCCUGGAGGCGCAGGGGAAGAUAGAGGAGCAAGAAGAGGAGCAAGAAGAGGAGCAAGAAGAGGAGCAAGAAGGUGAUGUCCUAAAAGAGUGCAAGAGAGGGCAGAAUGACGAAGACGAUGAUGAAAUGUCGCAGACAGGCUCGGACAAAUAUCCUGAAUGGACGGAGGAAUGUCUGAGCAAUCGCCAAUACCAAGUCAUUGGUGUGCGCAAAAACAUAAUGUACUAG